UUAAUCCUCUUACUGCAGCAGAUGCUCGUCUGUCAAUCAACCUGGCGCGGGUGCGCGCGCUCGAACCUGACGAGAGCGCGAGAGAAAGAACACAGCAGGUGCGCGAGGGAUCCGCUGCGUCAUUUAGCGAUGCAGGAAUGGACGAAACUGAGGCGGUGAAUGAAGACAGUCCGCCUCCGGUUCCACCGCGAGCGGCUCCUCAGCGACACUCUCCGGCGUCCCUCGCCGUACCUGCUCGCCGGGUCAAGUGUGUGCUGGUCGGGGACGCGGCGGUGGGUAAAACGAGUCUGGUCAUCAGCUCCACCACUAACGGAUAUGCGGCAGAACACAUUCCCACCGCCUUUGACCACAGCUAGGGUUGUGGUGGAUGGAAGACCAGUUCAACUUCAACUGUAUGACAUGGCAGGACAGGACGAGUUUGAACGCCUCCGUCCACUCUGUUACCGUGAAGCUGAUGUCUUCCUGCUGUGCUACAGCGUGGUCCUUCCAUCCUCCUUCAGGAGCGUAUCGGCCCACUGGGUCCCCGAGGUCCAUCGCCUCUGUCCAGGCAUUCCCAUCAUCCUCGUGGGCACCCAGAGCGACCUGCGGGAGGACGUCCAGGUGCUGAUCCGACUCUCAGACAGCCAGGAGAACCCGGUGAGAGGAGACGACACCCGCCUGUGCGCCCGGAGCAUCGGUGCUGUGACGUUUGCUGAGUGCUCAGCGCUGACACAGAAGAACCUGAAGGAAGUGUUGGACAGCGCCAUCUUGGCCAGCAUGCAGCACGCGGAGGAAGCGGCGGUGUGGCCGAGGAUGCAUACGCUAAGAGAUAAAACUCCAGAUAAAAUCAAGCAGCUCCCAGAAACAUGGUGGAGGAAACUGAGCUGCGUCCAGAGCUUUGACCUUCAGUGACGGAGAACAAAUCAAGUCCAGAUGAAAUGGGAUUUACAGACACAUUUGUACUGUGAUGCAUUUCCAAAUUAAAAAGCAUAUUCAGCAAGCAACAAUGUAGGACAGGACGUGAAUUUACUGUGGAAAGCACAAUAAUGAAAACAUGCAUUAUGAAAGUAAGUAGGGUCCAUUUUGAUUCAUGUUUACUUCUAGAUAGUUUAGAUGUGACAAAAUUAUAAUUUUUAUUAAAAGGUUUUGUAAAAA